AAACCGCGCAUGCAGUCGAAGUAAGAUCUCUUCCCCGUCAACUCAUUCACUCUCUUCUUCAAAACAUCUUCUCAUCUCCUUCUCCUUGAUCUUGUCCAAAUUUCCCUAUCUAUUAUCAUUGAGAACUGUCUUUGAAUCUCGGGUUUGUCUGAAAACUUCUUGUUCAUUCUUAUUUUCUGUAAAUAGGUAGAAAAACAGAGCUUUCAUUAAUGGCGGCCAACAAGUUUGCAACCAUGUUGCAGAGAAACACCAAUAGGAUCACUCUUGUUCUCAUCUACGCAAUGCUGGAAUGGGUUUUGAUCUUUCUACUCCUCCUCAACUCUCUGUUCUGGUAUCUCAUCAUCAAGUUCGCCGACUACUUCGGCCUAAAACGCCCUUGCAUCUGGUGUUCGAGGCUUGAUCAUCUCUUGGAUCCCAAGAAAGAGAAGAAUUGGGACAGAGAUCUUUUUUGUGAUGCCCAUGCCACGCAGAUUUCCAGACUGGGCUUUUGCUCGAAUCAUCGGAAACUCGCUGAAUCUGAGGAUAUGUGUGAGGAUUGCUCGUCCUCCUCCGCGGAGUGUUCGAAGAAUUUUGCGUACUUUCCAUGGAUGAAGCAAAUUGGUUUGGUUCGAGAUGGUGAUGGGGAUUUGAAGUGUUCCUGUUGUGGGGAGAUCUCAGAGAGAAAAUCGUACUCUCCUUAUCUCCUGAUUAAGCCUUCUUGGGGGCUUUUGGAUUAUACCCAGAAAGAGAAUUUGAUUGAUGAAGCAGGAACUGAUAUAAUUGAGGAAGGGGAAGGGGCUCAUUCUGAGCCAAGGAGAUCGGAUUUUAUGGGUGAUGAUGUUAAAGCCGAACAGGGAAGUGAAGAAAACAGGGGAAUUCAGAUGGUUUAUAAUGAGGAAAGGGAUGAUCAAAGAAGGGAAUUGGAGGUAGAUGAGGAAUUUUCAGGUUUUAUUUCUAGUUUCGAUUGUACCCAUAAGCCUUCUUGGGUGCUUUUGGAUAACACCCAGAAAGAGAGUGUGACUGAGGAAGCAGGAACUGAUAUAAUUGAGAAAAAGGAAGGGGAAGUAGAUGACUCUGAACCAAGGAGAUCGGAUUUUAUGGGUGAUGAUGUCGAAGCAGAACAGGGGACGGAAGAAAACAGGGGAGUUAAGAUUGUUUCUGAUGAGGAAAGGGAUGAUCAAAGAAGGGAAUUGGAAGUAGAUGAGGAAUUUACAUUUUACAUUUCUAGCUUCGAUUGCGAGGCAAAGUCAGUAGGUUUUGAUGAAGGUUUUGGUAUGGAGAAAGUUGAAGAAUCAAUGCAAGGUGAUGAUUUGCAUGUGUCAAUGGAUGGUCCAUCUAGUCAUCAGGAGGUGUCUAAUGAUGCACCUUCUGGAUAUGUGCUGAAGCAUCUGGAGUUCUACAUUGACCAGGAUGAUUGUCAUCUGAUUCCAAUUGAGUUGAUGGACUCAGUGACGGCAAAAAAUCAAGGUGACUACAAGUUUAGAGAGGAAGAUCAAGGGAUUUCUGGUAAUGGAGAUGUUAUUUUGGAUUUUGAGUUCAGUCCUGCGAAACCAGUUGAAUUGGUUGUGGAGAAUAGGGAUGAUUCAAGAGUGGAGUUUGCAUUACUUUCUGCCCCUCAGGGUAAGGAGGAAGCUAGUUUUCCAGUGGUGGUGGAAUUAGUGGAAUGGGAUGAGAAAGAGAGUUUCUCAGUACAUGAAGGAAAAGAUGAUUUGGUUAGGAGCGACUCAAAAGCGGAGUUUGAAUUACUUUCUGCUACUCUGGGUAAGCCUGAAGCCAGUUUAGCAGUGGUGGAAUCAACGGAAUUGGAUGAGACAGAAAGUUUCUCAGUAGAUGAGAGAAAACAUGAUUUGGUGGAGGAGGAACAUGAAGAAGUUGCUAUCACCCAAGCAACUCUUACUCUACCUACUGAUGCUGAUGAUGUUCAACAAAGUGCAGCACUUGAAAGGGAAAUGGAUUCAGAUGUCAAGCAUGUUUCUGAUGAGCAAAAUGAUGAAAUCGAAGCAGAGAUAUCGAUAGGGACAGAUAUUCCUGAUCAUGAACCGAUUGAUGAUGUUCCAAUCGAAGAAGUUCUUUCAUCUCAAUCCAUUGAAGAAGAUCCUUCCACCAGUUCUGCUCAAUUCCAUGUAGAUGAUAAUCAUGGUUUCAAGAAUGACGAGGAAGAAAUUAUAAAAUUUGAGAUGAUAACAGUUGAGAGAAGUAACCAAACAGAAAACAACCAUUCAUUGUUAUCGUCAGAGUUCAAUGAGAUUGAAGAAGAUAAAGUUCCUGAUACACCAACUUCGAUCGAUAAUUUCCAUCACUUGCAUAAGAAGUUGCUUUUGCUUGAGAAAAAAGAAUCAGGCACGGAAGAAUCUUGGGAUGGAAGUAUUAUCAGUGACGUUGAUGGCAGUGAUGGAGUAUUGACUAAUGAGAAGUUAAGAUCAGCAUUAAGAGAUGAAAGGAACGCUUUACAUGCUUUGUAUGCAGAAUUGGAAGAAGAGAGAAGUGCUUCUGCUGUGGCAGCAAACCAGACAAUGGCAAUGAUAAAUAGGCUUCAGGAAGAGAAGGCAGCAAUGCAGAUGGAAGCUUUGCAUUACCAGAGAAUGAUGGAAGAACAAGCUGCAUAUGACCAGGAAGCUUUGCAGCUCCUAAAUGAGCUUAUGUUCAAGAGAGAAAAGGAGAAGGCCGAGCUGGAAAAGGAGCUGGAAAUAUAUCGGAAAAAGGUGCAGGACUAUGAAGCUAAAGAGAAAAUAAUGAUGCUGAGAAGAAGGAGAGAUGAUAGCACCAGAAGCGCAGCUACUUCUGCUUCUUGUAGUAAUGCUGAAGAUAGUGAUGGAUUAUCUGUUGAUUUGAAUCAAGAACAAAAGGAAGAAGAUAGUUUCGAUGAUCCUCAAGAGAGUAGCAACCAGAAUACCCCAGAAGAUGCAGUUUUGUAUUUGGAGGAGUCAUUAGCUGACUUUGAGGAAGAAAGAGUAUCCAUUCUAGAGCAGCUCAAGGUUUUGGAGGAGAAAUUGAUCACAUUGAAUGAUGAAGAGGAACAAGAAUUUGAGGAUAUGAAACAAGUUCAGCAUUUGCACAAAGAGAAUGGUAAUGGCUACCCCGAGAAUUCUGAUUUUACCUGUGAAGUAAAUGGAGUCGCAAAUGGUCUUCUCAAUGGAAAUGGAAAUGGGAAACACCAUCAAGAGAUGAAAUUCAUAGGUCCUAAGGCAAAGAGUCUUCUCCCACUUUUUGAGGCAGAAACUGAAGAUGGACCAUGGAAUGGGCAUCAAAAUGGAUUUGAUCCUGUUUCCUUGCAAUAUCUCUCAGCAGCCGACUUUGAAUUAGAGAACAAGAAGUUUGCUAUUGAAAAAGAGGUGGAUCAUGUUUACAAUAGGCUACAAGCACUUGAGGCAGACAGAGAAUUUCUUAAACACUGCGUCAGCUCCUUGAGGAAAGGGGACAAAGGACUUUAUCUUCUCCAGGAGAUUUUACAACAUCUUCGCGACUUGAGGAGUGUGGAAUCUCAAGCAAGGACCAUGGGAGAUGCUACUAUAUAGUUACAUUUUGCAGAUUACACCCAACAUGCUAAUAGAAUGCACCACUGGGGUUUAAUUAACAUCUGCAAAAUUUGAGGAUGAAAGCAACCUAACUCGGGUUGUGCCCAAAGAAACACGCAACAAUACAGUUCUGCAUUUUCUGAAAAUUCUCUCAUGUGCUCUUGCUGAAAGAGGGGGGCUCCAGCUAUUAUUGGUCUAUCUGGAGAUCUUGGAAGACAGGAAAAAUGGGAAAUCCAUCAUUUUCCCUUUGUCAUUGUUCCUAAUCAUGGUGUCCAAUGUAAGCUGAACAUAUUUUUUGGUAGGGUUCAACUCACCUAUCCCCUCCUAAGGCAAAAGGGGGAUUGGUGAGUGUGUGUGUGUGUGUGUGUGUGAAGUCUAAGGGAGAGAAAGCCUAGCUGUCAUUCUGUAUGCUGUGAGAAAGGGCGUGGCUUGGAAAGCUGGAGAGAUCCAACAAAGAUUCCAGUGCCGGGGUGCAUAGCAUUAGUUUAUUUAGCAUGGUACAACUUAGGACUCUUUUUUAGUCAUUUUUUUAAUCUUUUGAGGAAAAGGAAAAGAAGGGGUAAGUAACCCUGCUUUUCCUUUUCAUCUUUGCAUCAUUUCAAUCAUAUGGUCUGUUCUGUUCUGUUCUAUUUUGUUCUUUGUUUUGAAGUCCAACGCAGUGAAACAUUUUUUAAGAAUAAGAAGCAAAGACUGCUUUCACAAUUGAUUUUGCUUGAGUAUCAAACAAAACUUGUUAGGUACAACCCAAUAAUAGUUCAAUAAAAUAUGAUCCAAAUUACUGAAAUCAGAACCUCUUUGGUCUGCCAGUUUAACAAUAAUUGGCUUUAAAAUAAAAUUGCGGCACUCUG